CAGGUCCAAGAUGACUGUGGCCAUUGGGAGAAAAGAUCCAGGGCAUUCAACCCAGAUACGAACUGGAAAAAAAUCAACUGGGGCACAAUCAAACGGCUUUUGCUUUCUCAUAAUUGAAUCCGGGAAACUGCAGCAGUAACGGCAACAGCACUGAUAAACUGGCCACAGCUGGUCUCUCUGCGCGCGAGCACCACCCCGGAGAGCAGAAGAGAGGGAGCGAGGCGCGAGGCAUGCGGUUACAGAGAACGUGGUUUCCCCCCCGGAGAGCCAUGGAGAACGGGGAUGCGGCAGCGCGAGGCUUAAUCUGUGCGGGCGCGCUAAUUGGAUCGGAAUAACACACCGACGGCGUCUGGCGCGAGAGAGGAGAGCCCAGGACCGGCGGCGGCACGGCAGCCCACCGUUACCGAGGAUAAAUAACCAGAGUCCAUCUCCCAAAGUCAAUGAGUAUAGUGGCAGAGGAGCCCCCGCGGUGGAGUCGGCCAGAGCUGCGCUUUUCCUAAAAUAUGACCAGGGGUGCUUGGAUGUGUCGGAAGCAAGAUGACGGCUUAAAAAUCUGGUUUGCACCCCGAGAGAACGAGAAGCCAUUUACCGAGUCGGAGCGGGCCCAGAGAUGGCGCCUAUCGCUGGCCUCUCUUCUGUUCAUCACCGUCCUGCUCUCUGAUCACUUGUGGUUCUGCGCCGAGGCCAAACUGACGCGGACCCGAGACAAGCGGCAGGACAAGCGGCUCGCCUUUACGGACAUGGUCGAGUACCCAAACUCCACUCACCACCAUACCCCCUCCUCUGACCCCCAUUCCCCCCACGGCCCCCUUGCCAGAAAGUCAGAUGUUAUUUUUAUAGGGAAUUCUACCAAACCUCUGUGGCGACUGGACACCUGUCACCCGGACAGCUUGUCCAAAGACUGCUUCACUUUCACAGACGCAGAGCCCGUCUGCCUGGGCCUCUCCGGGGGCGGGGAGAGGACGCAGUCGGCGGACUUGAAUCUGAGCGAUUUGUAUCUUUCUUUUUGUAAUUCCUACUCUCUUUUGGAUUUGUUUAACGGGUUUACAAGUCCGGACAAUAUAAACUGCAGCCUGGACGUGGCUGAGGGUGACACGCUGGGAUGCAGCGAGUGUGUCCGGGUUUACCAGCGCUUUGACCGGCAAGCUCAGGAGGACUACCGGGAGUUUGAGCAGUUGGUUGAGAAAUAUGAGACUGAUGAAUACUCGGUCAGGACAUGUAUGGAGGAAUGCAAGAUGGUAUAUAAGCCCUGGCUGUGCUCACAGUACUUCCAGACCACACAGAUGCACUGCAGUAAGAGGAUCCCAUGUGGCCAGUACUGUCUGGAGGUGCAGCAGAGGUGUCCCUUCAUCCUUCCUGACAACGACGAUCUCAUCCACGGAGGAAGCCCCAGUUUUAUAUGCACAGGGCUGUUGGAGGAGUACCAUGGGGGCGUGGAUGCAGACGCGGAGUGCUGUGAUGUUCGGUGGGACUUCCAGACAGAAGAUGACAACAACCAUUCCCGGGGGACCCUCAAAAGAACUCACCCAUCCUGUCACCACCGUACCUCUCUCAGUUCCUCGGCCGUGUGCAGAGUGUGCAACAGCCGGCUCAAACUCUGCCUGCUAGUCCUUGUCCUCCUGCACACUGUCGCCUCCCUAACCGCAUCCCACAAUGCAACAGGGCUGGGCCUCCCUGCCUCACUCGCCCCUCUGGAGGAGAGCACCCCCGCCAACGAGGAGUGAUGGGAUGGCCGAUUAUAUAGGUUGUCACGACAAUAUGAAACAUUUCCGCCUCGGUCGGGAAUGCUAUGUGUUGUUGGCUAGACGUCUGCAGCCGCUGUGCUUUCUGGGUAAUUGAGUCUUUGCAGGGGUGUUGGACUACUUAUAAAUGGAAGACGUGCAAAUCAAUCAAAGCAAACAGACUUACAAACAAAGAGACGAAAACAUGACAGUGUCGGGAAAAUGGGACAAUGCAGCAGCCUUUGUUGAGUAGGAAGGCCUCCUCACUGCUGAGUUUCUCUCGCUGCGCUUUUUUACACUGUUUCCCUGUUCUGGCUUUCUGUUGCACUGGCUGACUACCGGAUAAUACUCACUGUCCACUUAGAAUGUCCAUCCUUUAUGUUGUUCCUUUAUGGGUCUCUUGUGCAGGAAGGAAAUGUCUCAUUGAUAUAGGAUAGAUAACAUCAAAAAGCAAAGUUGUGAGUGUGUGCGUAUUUGUGUGUGUGUGAUUGUGUGUGGGUGUCUACUCUGAAGUCUUCACUCAUUUGGGUUCCCAUUCCUAAAGCGGCUUUAGAUGUAGGAAAGGACACUAAAAUGUUAGAGUAGUAGUUUGCUCUCAUGGUUCUGUGUGGCUAAAUUGGUAGAGAAUGGUGUUUACACCGCCAUGAUUGUGGGUUUGACUCCCACGGGGGACCAGUAUGAAAAUGUAUGCACUUACUACUGUAAAUUGCUUUGGAUAAGAGCAUCUGCUACAAUGUAAACAAAUGAUCCUUGGUAAAAAUGAACGUACACCCAGACUACACUACUGGCCAGUGAUACAAUUGUAAUGCUUCUCAAUAUAGAAGACAACCCCUUGAUAUAGAAUUAUCCUACUAGCCUUUCUCUGUCCCUACCACACACUCUGUCCAUGCUCUGUGUCUUCUCAGCCCAGCACUCCACACAUAGAAUGUCUACUGUUUGUCUAAUCAAAAUGUCUUACCUCUAUUCUGUACUUGCAUGUGGAGGCUCUUAAUGAUGUGAAAUUCACAGCCUUGUUGGUUUUCUUUACAUAGCCUUAGCCCCCCUCUGUGGUGGAGAACACUACUGCACCCCCAAAACACCACCAGUAAGGUAGCAUGUCCUCUGCUUUCUUCAACUAAUGUUACUUAUCUCACAUUGUGUAAAGGGCUUAUUUCUAUAUACAAACACAGACAAAAAUGUGCUUGAGGUAUGGCUUCAGGUAUCUCAGUUCACACUGCAUGCUUAGAGGUAUACCUUCAAAGGUAUGCAUUUGCUUAAAAGGUGUUUAAUGUGUUGCUAUAGAGAGCGGGCAGGUGUAGGACCCAGUAUGUAGUAUGUUUGAGGAGGAACGUUGGGCGGCACAGUAAGGCUGAGAAGCUCAAUGGCAUUAUGUUAACAUUGCUGUUAGCAUUAUGGUUAGUGUGAGCUGGAAGAAAAGGCAAUAUUUAAGGGCUGUUUUAAUCAUUUCUUGUCCCUUUGUUUUCUAGCUGAUUAACUGAACUGAUAGAUAGUGGUGUCAGGUAUUUUAGGCCUAACAAAUGUAUGCUGAAUGCAGAAUUCUUCACUUUCAUGUCUGUUGAAUAUAUAUGUUAGCCUCCUAUUGCUAGGUCCGGCUUGUCAGAUUCUACUAGUCAACUACAGGACCCACAACUUGAGAAACAAAUAGAAAACUGGUUCUCCUCUCAUUCAUUGUUGCAUUCUCCAUUGUGAGAUCUGUCUGUUUACUUGUUGUCUCACUCAUAGUCAUGCUGCAUUCACGACCCUCGGAGUGUUGGGAAAUGAAACGUGUAGAGCAAUGGAGUUGUGUACAUUCACAUGCUUUGAACUCGUUGAGAACACCAACAGGCUAACGUCAAACUACCAACUUCAACCGUAAACAUACUUUCAUGCUCAAAAACAAAUGAUAGUGUUCAAAAACCAUCAUAUUUAUUGUUUUUGAUAAAUAAUGUUUUGUUGUUGCAUUUAACUGCCGAAAAUGCUGUCAUCAAAGUAUUUUCCUUAGGUGAUGUCAGAGUUCAGCAUGUCAUGGAAUUUGGGGUCCAGAGAUGAUACCUGAGUUGCAAGGUUGUAAUUAGGACUUGGAAGUUUAGAUUACUCCGAUAGGUUGUGAAUGCAGGAACUGUUCAUUUGAACCCAUCAUCCCAUCAUUCCUGUCUCCUCUCUGGUUCCUUCAUCCCAUCAUUCCUGUCUCCUCUCUGGUUCCUUCAUCCCAUCAUUCCUGUCUCCUCUCUGGUUCCUUCAUCCCAUCAUUCCUGUCUCCUCUCUGGUUCCUUCAUCCCAUCAUUCCUGUCUCCUCUCUGGUUCCUUCAUCCCAUCAUUCCUGUUUCUUCUCUGGUUCCUUCAUCCCAUCAUUCCUGUCUCCUCUCUGGUUCCUUCAUCCCAUCAUUCCUGUCUCCUCUCUGGUUCCUUCAUCCCAUCAUUCCUGUCUCCUCUCUGGUUCCUUCAUCCCAUCAUUCCUGUCUCCUCUCUGGUUCCAUCAUCCCAUCAUUCCUGUCUCCUCUCUGGUUCCUUCAUCCUAUCAUUCCUGUCUCCUCUCUGGUUCCUUCAUCCCAUCAUUCCUGUCUCCUCUCUGGUUCCUUCAUCCCAUCAUUCCUGUCUCCUUUCUGGUUCCUUCAUCCCAUCAUUCCUGUCUCCUCUCUGGUUCCUUCAUCCCAUCAUUCCUGUCUCCUUUCUGGUUCCUUCAUCCCAUCAUUCCUGUCUCCUCUCUGGUUCCUCAUCCCAUCAUUCCUGUCUCCUCUCUGGUUCCUUCAUCCCAUCAUUCCUGUCUCCUCUCUGGUUC